AGGCCUGAGAUUCUUUUGAACAGGAGCUCUGCUUCCCAUGACGCACAGCGAAGCGUCAACUGGGACAUUUCUUGUAAAACUGAAAGUAAGAGACGUGGGUGCCAUCCGUGAGGGACCCUGAGUGCGGUGCAAGGAGAGUCUGGGUGCCCUCGGCAAGUCGUAGACGGUGGGCUUUUCAUCUGCAAGGAGGGGACACCUCAAACCUAUGACUGCGUGUGAAGCGAGCUCAGGACAGGAAAGGCAGACAGAAGCCAAAGGGGAAGAUCAAGAUUGCAAGAAAGGCACGGCUUGUGACAGGCACGCCGCUUCUCCUGCGACUCACCCAAGUCAGAAGCAAAAUGUCUCUAAAGCUGCCCAGGAACUGGGAUUUCAACCUGAAGGCAGAGGCUGCGAAAAUAGCUCGGUCCAGGAGCGUGAUGACCGGAGAGCAGAUGGCGAACCUUCACUCUUCGUCCACCCCCAACCCUCUGGAAAGGCCCAUCAAGAUGGGCUGGCUGAAGAAGCAGCGAUCCAUCGUGAAAAACUGGCAGCAGAGGUACUUUGUGUUGAAGACACGGCAGCUCUACUAUUACAAGGAUGAAGAGGACUCCAAGCCACAGGGCUCCAUGUAUCUACCAGGAAGUACCAUAAAAGAGAUUGCUACAAACCCAGAAGAGGCUGGAAAGUUUGUCUUUGAAGUCAUUCCAGCCUCAUGGGACCUGAGUCGCACAGCACAAGACUCCUAUGUCCUCAUGGCCAGCUCCCAGGCAGAGAUGGAAGAAUGGGUUAAAUUCCUCAGGAGAGUCGCUGGCACACCAUCCGGAGCCGUGUUUGGCCAGCGCUUAGAUGAGACUGUGGCCUAUGAACAGAAGUUCGGCCCCCACUUGGUACCCAUCCUGGUGGAGAAGUGUGCGGAGUUCAUCCUGGAGCAUGGCAUGAAUGAAGAGGGCAUCUUCCGCCUGCCAGGGCAGGACAACCUUGUGAAGCAGCUGAGAGAUGCCUUUGAUGCGGGGGAAAGGCCCUCUUUUGACAGAGACACAGAUGUGCACACCGUGGCCUCCCUGUUAAAGCUCUACCUCCGAGACCUCCCAGAGCCUGUGGUUCCCUGGAGCCAGUACGAAGGGUUCCUGCUUUGUGGGCAGCUCAUGAAUGCAGAUGAGGCAAAGGCUCAGCAGGAGUUGAUGAAACAGCUCUCCCUCCUUCCUCGGAACAACUACAGCCUCCUGAGCUACAUCUGCCGGUUUCUGCAUGAAAUCCAGCUGAACUGUGCUGUGAACAAGAUGAGUGUGGACAACCUGGCUACAGUCAUUGGUGUGAAUCUCAUCAAGUCAAAGGUGGAGGACCCCGCUGUGAUCAUGAGAGGGACUCCUCAGAUCCAAAGAGUGAUGACCAUGAUGAUCAGAGAUCAUGAAGUCCUCUUCCCCAAGUCCAAGGAUAUACCCUUAUCACCUCCUGCCCAGAAAAAUGACCCCAAGAAACCUCCAGUGCCCCGAAGCUCUGUGGGCUGGGAUGCCACUGAAGACCCCUCCAUUUCUAAGACAGACAACUUCAGUAAUGUGACAAGUGACUCCAAUGCCACCAGCCCCUCAGGAUCACAGCCAAGUGACAGGCCUCAGGAUGACAGCAGCAAUGCCUCCCGAGAAAAGCCAGGCGAUUGGAAGCUGCAGUCUCGAAAAAGGACUCAAACACUCCCUAACCGGAAAUGUUUCUUGACAUCAGCUUUUCCAAAUACCAACAGCAACAGAGUGGAGAUCUUUAAAAAUGAGUUUUGGUCACCUUCAUCAGAGGCUAAGGCCGGGGAAGGGCACAGGAGAACUAUGUCUCAAGACUUGCACCAUCUUUCUGACUCCCAGAGAACUUCAACCUAUGAUAAUGUCCCUACCCAGCCAGGGUCUCAUGGGUGUGAAGGGGGUACCCUCUCUUCCCCUACCUCUGACUCCAAGAGAGAUGCUUUUGCAAGCACAGACUCUGAAACGGGGCCUGCAGAAGAGGUACUUGAUUCUUUGCAGAAGACGGUCCAGGACCUACGGAUGCAAAUAGAAACACAGAAGAAAACUUAUGAGGAACAGAUUAAAAAUCUUGAGAAGGAAAAUUAUGACGUCUGGGCUAAAGUGGUAAAGCUCAACGAAGAGUUAGAGAAGGAAAAGAAGAAAUUUGCAGCUCUGGAAAUUAGCCUUCGCAAUGUGGAGCGCUCCCGGGAGGACGUGGAGAGGAGGAACAGGGUUUUGGAAGAAGAAGUCAAGGAGUUUGUUAAAUCCAUGAAGGAGCCCAAGACUGAUCCUUGAGGGUCCUGCAAGGACCACAAGGAUGACCCAACAGAAGUUUGACUCUGCUCCUAUUCUCAGUGGUGCAUAACAGCUGGAGAGGUAAUUUAACUCCCUCAGAGGGAAAGGACAUUGUAGGGAAAUGUUACUUUGCCCAGUAAGUUAAUCAGUGGAGCUCGCAGAUGGAUGAGAAUGAGGAGGGACACGUGUGGACACCUGUGACCACUUGUUGUUGAACUUGAAGGGAUUGUAUUAUUCCUUUGUGGCCUCGGGAAGAGUGAAUGAAACCUUCCAUGGUGGAUAACUAGUUCCAACAGAGCUGCACGAGACAGUGAUAUCUCAGGACCCACAUGGAAAGCUGGCCCUAAUCUCAAACUGGGAAGAGACAUUAGUUGUUUGUUUCUGCGUGAAAUAGCUCACCCAGUCAGAUGGCUUCAAAAUAUCUCUGGGGCACGGGCAGAAAAUGGUAUUCAGCUCUUCAGAGCUCCUCAUGGAGGACUGUGUGAUUGGGAGGCUGCUCCUGCUGCGGUGGGAACCCCAUUCUGCUCCAGGGGUUCUCAGACCCAAGGUUAGAUUAAAACAAAUCAAGCAAUAAACUAUAUUUAUAAAUGCAAAAUUGAAGACAAAAUUGUAUUCAAAUAAAGUAACUUUAAAAACAAAAAAGAAAGAGCAAGGCUGUUGCUAGUGCACACAACACCUUUGUAAGAAUUAGUAAAUGACACCCUUUUCUCUGAGGAGAUGUACCUCUCUUGGGGGCCCAUGGUUUGCUGAUCAGAACAAACACUCUUUUGCCUUUCAAAUGGCCUCAACUGUGUGUGGAGGCCCAAGACGAAUGCCUUCCUGCUCCGAUGUGACCUUAGACACUUGUGAUUUUAUUUAGUAAAAGUUAUGAGAAUAAUAUUUUUUCCACUUGCAAAGUGCAAGUGAUUCUACCUUGUAAAGCUACACUGGGCACUGGACAACAUCUGGGAGAUGAAUUUUCCAGCAGAUGGUCAGUGUGCAGAAGAUGUGGUGGCAGGGUAAAGGGGCGAUUUGGGACAUUAUUAGGAAUAUAAAUAAAAUAUUUGAUUUCCUCAGA